AACGCAACAGAGUGAAAAGAAAAGAGGACGACUUAGUGGAGUGAAAGUCUGUUAACCUGGAUUGCCGCUAGAUUCUUUCGUUUAUCUUCGUUGGAAGAGCGAUAUUUAUUUCAGUUUUACGUUGUACACCGUCGCGUAAUAAUCCAUAUAUAUAGUUUCAGUACACGUGACGUUUUAAUUCGCUCAGAGGAAUCCGGAAUAUAUUAUCAGAUAUUCACAGAUUAUAUCAUCUUAUCAACGUUUCUUUUGUCUUUGCAAUCGAAUUACAUGAAUUUUUAGUUUCUUCAGUAGAAAGAAACGAAGAAAGUGAUAAUCAUCGUACUUUGGAAGAAAGACAUCCGAGGAUGGAGCUUGCACCACCGAAGUUUGAAUUGUUGGACGAAGAAACGACAAAAAAGAACCUGGAAUUGUUUAAGGGUGAGAGAACAGGCUGGGUUCUCGUAGGUCCGAAGAAAUGGUGUUUUCCGUACAAAUACACGGAGGAAGGCGAAGGAUAUUAUAAUUUUAAAGCUAGGCCCGAUGAUACUUGGGUCUUGUCUUAUCCAAGAUCGGGUAAGUACACUUUUGAACUUUAUUACGUUGCUGUCUCUUGGUACUAUUUGAACAAAGCAAUCAAAACGCAAGGAUACGUAGGCGAUUUCGAAACAUUUUGGCAUUUAUUUGAGAAUAAUCUCGUCCCUUGGAGUCCUUAUUGGGAGCAUUUAAAGGAAGCAUGGGCACAGAGAAACCAUCCAAACGUUUUAUUCAUGUUCUACGAAGAUAUGAAACAUGAUUUCCCAAAAGCAAUGAAACAGGUUGCCAAAUUCCUUGGUAAAUCUUAUACAGAGGAGCAAUUAAAAAAAUUAGCGGAAUAUUUGGAUAUUAAAAAUUUCCGAGACAACCCGAUGGUUAAUUCAACAGAAUUAAAAGAGUGUGGCGUGAUAGAGUCAGGGGUAUUUGUGAGGAAAGGUCAAAGCGGCGGAUGGAAAGAUAUGUUCUCCCCGGAACUUAACGCCAGAGCUAAUGAAUGGAUAAAAGAAAAUAUGAAAAAAACUGACAUUAGAUUCCCAUAUUUCGAUAUUUUUAACGACAGUAAUUGAAGUUGUAUACUACAAUUGUGAUUCAUUUAUUUCCGUUAUCUCUAACAAUGAGAAUUUAUAUAUUUUUCUACUAAUUCUAAUUUUCUUCUAA